GCCAGUGCAGCUGAGUUGAUGAGGAGUGAGCAGAGCAGAAUUUCCACCAGGUAUUUGCGUGACAGCAGUGCCCGGGGGUGAACAGGACAGUGCUGGCCGGAGCCCUUUCUCCCUCAGAGGAUAGCUUGGGGUAACAGGAGAUCAAGGCAUACAGUGGAGUCUUCUCAGGGAAGAUGUCGUCUUUGACAAUGAGAACUCGUUGUGUGGACAAAAGAGGAAGUUUCUUUAAGCUCAUUGACACAAUUGCCUCAGAAAUCGGAGAACUGAAACAGGAGAUGGUACAGACAGAUCUCACAGUGGAAGAUGAAUCUGCUGAUUGGCAAAGUCUAAUAAAGGAUAUGGAUGAUGUCUCUCCUGAGAAAAAUGAUGUAAAAAGCUGCCCCCGGGACUCUGGAUAUGAUAGCCUAUCCAACAAGCUAAGCAUAUUGGACAAGCUCCUCCAUACUCACCCUGUGUGGCUGCAGCUGGGUCUGAAUGAUGCUGAAGCCAUGGAAAUUUUGCGGACACAGCCUCCUGGGAUAUUUCUGGUUAGGAAAUCUGCAAGGCUGCAGAAGAAAGUCAUCUCUCUGCGUCUGUCCAGCGACUGUGGGUCCUGCCUGAAAGAAUUUGCCAUUAAAGAAAGUACAUACACGUUUUCCUUGGAGGGGUCUGGAAUAAGUUUUGCUGAUUUGUUCAGGCUCAUUGCUUUCUACUGUAUUAGCAGGGAUGUCCUUCCAUUCACACUGAAGUUGCCUCAUGCAAUUGCUGCAGCAAAGACAGAAGCUGAACUUGAAGAGAUUGCUCAGCUUGGACUGAACUUUUGGAGCUCCCUGGCUAACAGCAAACCCCCGGAUCCUUCACCUCCCUGUAGGCCUGUGCCUUUGGACCGUGCUCGCAAAGACUCACGCCAGCUCUGCCUUAUAAAUGGAGUGCAUUCUAUACGAACCAGAACGCCUUCAGAGCUGGAGUGCAGCCAGACCAACGGAGCGCUGUGUUUCAUUAAUCCCCUCUUCUUAAAAGUGCACAGCCAGGAUGUCAGUGGAAGUCUGAAAAGGCAGAGCCCGAGAACUCCAGACGUGAAUGGCACAGCGAGGCCUCGCUCCCCCCCGCCCCGGCCACCACCUCCUGCUAUUAAUAGCACCCUCACGAGCCCACAGAUUUCCAGGACUAUAAAGCAGGCGAGCAUGCCAGAAACAGUCAGCCAUAAGAAGGAGAGGGGCUUGGAUUUGCUGCAGAACAAGCCCACCCCGAUUCCGCCUCCUCGGCUGAAGAAGCAGGCUGCGUGCUCCGAGGCAGACAGUGCCUCCAGGAGCGCGGCAGCGCUCCGGCCUGACUCCGUGUGCGUGCCCGAGGCAGCCGCGGUGCCGCGUGAAGCCCUGCCCGAGCCGGCUCCAGCAGCUCCCAAAAAGACUCCGGCUGCCAUCUCUGAGUCACACAUCCCGUGGAAUGGAGGCAGGCAGAGACUGAGCGACAUGAGCAUUUCCACCUCCUCCUCUGACUCUCUGGACUUCGAUCGGAGCAUGCCGCUCUUCGGCUAUGAGGGGGACACCAACAGCAGCCUGGAGGACUUUGAGGGGGAAAGUGACCAGGAGAGCAUGGCACCCCCUUUGAAGCCCAAGAAGAAAAGAAGCAGUUCGUUUGUUCUCCCCAAGAUUGUGAAAUCUCAGCUACGGAAAGUCAGUGGAGUUUUCAGUUCCUUCAUGACCCCUGAGAAGAGGAUGAUUAAGAAAAUUGCAGAGAUGUCCCGGGACAAACGCACCUAUUUUGGAUGCUUGGUACAGGACUAUGUCAGCUUUCUCCAAGAAAACAAGGAGUGCCAUGUUUCGAGCACUGAUAUGCUGCAAACAGUUCGUCAGUUCAUGACCCAAGUCAAGAACUACUUGUCCCAAAGCUCCGAACUUGAUCCCCCAAUCGAAUCACUGAUUCCUGAAGACCAAAUAGAUGUUGUGCUGGAGAAGGCCAUGCAUAAGUGCAUUCUGAAGCCGUUGAAGGGUCACAUUGAAGCGAUGUUGAAAGAGUUUCAUACCACAGAUGGUUCCUGGAAACAACUGAAGGAAAACCUGCAGCUGGUGCGGCAGAGGAAUCCUCAGGAACUGGGCGUGUUUGUCCCAACACCAGACUUUGUGGACGUUGAAAAGAUUAAAGUCAAGUUCAUGACUAUGCAGAAGAUGUAUUCACCUGAAAAGAAAGUCAUGCUGCUGCUGAGAGUUUGCAAAUUGAUUUACACUGUCAUGGAGAAUAACUCAGGGAGGCUGUAUGGAGCUGAUGACUUCUUGCCUGUGUUGACGUAUGUGCUCGCCCAGUGUGAUAUGCUGGAGCUGGAUACCGAGAUCGAAUACAUGAUGGAGUUGUUGGAUCCAUCCUUGCUGCAUGGAGAAGGGGGCUAUUACUUGACAAGCGCUUAUGGAGCACUUUCACUGAUCAAGAACUUCCAGGAAGAACAAGCUGCGCAGCUGCUCAGUUCAGAGGCCAGAGACACUCUCCGGCAGUGGCACAAGAGGAGGACAACAAACAGGACAAUACCUUCAGUUGAUGAUUUUCAGAACUACCUUCGUGUUGCAUUCCAGGAAGUUAACAGCGGCUGUACGGGAAAGACUUUGCUAGUAAGGCCAUAUAUCACUACCGAAGAUGUAUGUCAGCUUUGCGCUGAGAAGUUUAAAGUGGCAAAUCCAGAAGAAUACAGGCUGUUUCUUUUUGUUGAUGACACCUGGCAACAACUGACAGAGGAUACCUACCCUCAGAAAAUCAAGGCGGAGUUGCACAGCCGUCCGCAGCCCCAGGUCUUUCACUUUGUCUACAAGCGCCUUAACAGCGACCCGUACGGGGCCAUUCUGCAGAACAGCCACGACUCGGCUGCUUAAAACCAGCAACCUGCCAUUUUUGUGUCUGUGCCUUGGUAAUUGUUACAAACAUCUUUGCUGGCUGCCUUCCUUAGGAGCUAAAACAUGUCUUAAACCUUAAGUGCCUGGUGAAACACGUGCUGACGUUUCUGAUAUUGCUUACGGGACCCAGGCGCGCUGUGCACGUGGCCAGUUAUGGAGAAUAUUCCACCAGCAUGUCUGAGGAGACAGCCUAUGAGGCUGCAUUUCUUGUACCAUGGGCUCUUUUUCAGCAUAUUCUACUGUGGCCUUUCACAGGUCUUGGCUGUAGUGUGCAAAAUACAAUUCUCUUCCACUCCUGUUUCCCCAGCUGUCACUUGCAUUUGAAUCCGUGUGCGAGGCGAGUGCGUCCCUGAACUGGGGUGAGCUCAGUUCCCCAGCAGGAGUUUGACAAGACUGUCCGAUGCAGGGCAUCAGUUCACUCAGCAUUACCUGGAUGGUUGCAUCCUUGUCUAAUUUUUUUGAUUACAGAAAAUCAACCUGUUUUUAUAUAUAUAUAUAUAUAUAUAUAUAAAAUAGAUAUUUUAUAGCAGUUGCAGGUAAACUGUCAGGGUUGGUUUUUGAAAUAUUUUUUUAACUAAAAUAUUCUAUAAUUAUGCAUGUGAUUUUUAACAUUUAAUACAGAAGAAUAAAUCUCUUGCUGGUUUUAGAGUCUUGCAUUGACAGCCUGUGUGGUUUCUCUUCUUUACCUGCCCCAGGAGAAUUCUUAGGAAACCUCUGUAUCCUUAAGGCAGUUUUGCUGUCUGUCCUCAAUUGUCUUCUCAAAAUCAGACCAUUUUACUCAUUGUGCUGUGCAAAACACAUCUUAGCCUCUCAUCACAUUCAUUCUGAGCACACUGAGGGGAAGAGAACUGAUAAAGGUAGAAUUUCCCUGAGAAAGGAGAUCAGGGUGCCACUGGUGGCACGGGCUGGGAUUGGAGCUGAGCUGGAGCACGUCAUCCAUUCCUCUUUCACCUCAUGUUUCAUCAGGGCGUUUAUGGCUCUGCCAAGAGCCAGAUGGUAAUUAAGGAGUCCCAGGCCAAGCCAUGGCAGUAACCUGUUCUGUUUGAGCUGCUGGUUUCUUGACACGUGCGUCAGCCAUACUCUCUAAUAAGUCUUGGGGUUUGUUUCUGAUUUUCUUUCAGCCUUAUAUCCAACUAUCAUCCCCUUUUCUUCUCUUUGUCCAGUGUGUCUUUUGUAUUCCUUGGUCCUGUGUGCUCCCAUUCCCUUUCCCUACUUCACUCUCUUCUUCUUUUUAAGAAAUAAAUACUCAAUAUUUAUUUAAUAAACCUUGCUCAGUCCCUCUCCCUGUUCUGUCCUACUUUUUGUCUCCCUCCCUCUCUCCCUGCCUGCAUCUUUAUCUUUCCUUCUUUCUUCCUCUUUUUUUCCCUUUUCCUGCACUGGGACUGUAUUUCUUUGUCCCACUCACUGUCCUUUACCUGUCUGCAUUUUCUGCCCAGUCCUUCAUUCUCAUUGUACCCUUGUCUUGAAAAGCCUCUGUCCUGCUGGCCGUGCCUCUCCUCCAUCCCUGCCCCGCACCUCGCCCGCUUUCCCCCACAGGCCGUGCCAUGGUCGUUGCCUCUCUCUGUCCUUGUUUCCCUCUUUGUAGCCCUCUGUCUCUUUCUCUGUCCUUCUCCAUGCCUCACUCCUGUUCCUCUUUUUUCUGUGUGGCCUGUGGUGCUUUCCAUGCCAUUGUUUCUCACUGGAUACUCGUGAACCAUUCCCUGUCCUUGUUCUUUUUUAAGCCCUUUCUGUAAUGCCGCCCAUCCCAGUUAGGGUUUUUUUUGGUUUUUUUGUUUGUUUGGGUUUUGAUUUGUUUUGGGGUUUUUUGGGGAUGUUUCUGUUUUGGUUUGGGGUUUUUUUUUUGGUGGUUUUGUUUGUUUGUUUGGUUUUUGCCUUACUUGUAUUCCAUUUUUAUUCUUGGUGGCUCUGUGGUGCUCCCGUGUGCCAUUGUUUCUCUACUCCCGUUCCCUGGCCCUGUUCUUUUUUAAUCCCUCACUGUCAUGCUGCUCAUCCUAGGUUUGUUGUUGUUGUUGUUUUGGUUGUUUUUUCAAUUUCAUUCUGCACCCCGUUCUUACUUUUUUCCUGUGUCCUCUCUGCUGCCUUUCCCUCUCUCUGCGUCUCUCCUGUGACUGCGGGGCUGGGGAGGAACUUCUGGGAGCCGCCCCCCAUUCUUGUUGCAGCAGAGUCCCUUUUGGGGGGAUGUACUCGUGGGAAGGGCUGGAAUAAAGCACCGCGCUGCUGUCCAGGGCA